AUGGAGAAGAUCUACCUGAAGGUGUUCGAACUGACGGGGCUGAAGGAAGACGAGACGGGAAAGUACUACGUAAAAGUGUACUGGAAGAACAAAAAGUACAAAACGGCAAUGCAGGAAGAUGGGUACUAUUUUUUUAAUGAAAAUUUCCUCAUACCAGUAGAGCACGUAGCGGAUGAAAAAAACGAAAUCCUCUCGAUCGAAGUGUGGCUUAGCUCAUUAUUUAAUACCAAAGUUGCCUACACCUUUUUUACGUUAGAUUUUAUAAGAAAGGAAAAAACGGUGAAGCAAAAGGUGAAGCUAAUUGACAUAUUAAGGAGCUGCACUUUGGAGUUAUCUCUAAAUAUAGUACGGGACCAAAUGGACGUAACUUUUUUUAACGUUAAAGAAAUAUAUCAGCAUAAGACGGACCAGGAGAUAAGAGACGCCAUUUCGAUGCACCGCACUGAACAGGAAGUUCUUCGAGCGUUCCGAACGGAAUCACACAUGUACGCGUCAACCGCGUAUGUGCCCAUGACCCCCGCGACGGGCAUGACGAAUAGUCACUACCACUACACCCCAGUGGACCACCAAAAGGAAUUACCCUGUGCAGGCGGGAAAAUCCCCCUUUCUGCGCCCAGCCAGCUGAAUAGUGGAACCGUUCUGGCCAGUCACUCUGCACACCAUGCAGGUAUGCACAUCAACACGAGGGUAAGUAACCCCAGCGAGAAAUAUAACUUAUGUAAACCUCACCCAGUGGAUAAUUUUUACGGAGGGGACAACCAAACAAACCAAGUUCCCUACCAAAGCGGCAUAUAUAACAUCGGUGCAGCGUCGCCCUACUCAGACAGAAUCCUGCACCGCUCACAUGGAAACAAAAAAAAGGCACUUCUCAUCGGAAUAAACUAUUACGGUUCUAGGGAAGAAUUAAGUGGCUGCACAAACGACACCCUUAGAAUGAUGAACCUGCUAAUUUCAAAAUAUAAUUUUCACGACUCUCCAACAAGUAUGGUUAGAUUGAUAGACAACGAAAGUAACCCUAAUUAUAGGCCUACGAGAAAGAAUAUUUUAUCUGCCCUAAAUUGGCUCACGAAGGAUAAUCAGCCUGGGGAUGUUUUUUUCUUCCUAUACUCUGGACAUGGGUCCCAACAAAAGGACUACACGUAUUUGGAAGAUGAUGGGUAUAAUGAGACCAUUCUUCCUUGUGAUCAUAAAACGGAGGGACAGAUCAUCGAUGACGAAUUGCACAGGUUCUUGGUUCAGCCUCUAAACGAUGGGGUUAAAUUGAUUGCCGUGAUGGACUGCUGCAAUGCGGGUAGUUGUAUCGAUUUGGCUUAUAAAUACAAACUGAAGUCUAAAAAAUGGAAGGAGGUGAAAAACCCCUUCCACGUGGUGUGCGAUGUUAGCCAAUUCAGUGGGUGCAAAGAUAUGGAGUUUUCGCGCGAAAUUGACACGGGGAAACAUGCCCCCGGAGGGGCACUCGUCACGGCGAUGAUUCACGUUUUGGGGGCAAGCGAGGCGGCUCAGGGGUUGCCCCUCGGUGUGCCGCUUAACCCCAACGCACUCACGUACGACCACCUACUGCAAAACGUGAGCAGCUACAUCAAGAGCUACCACGACCAGAAAAUUGUUUUCAUGGCUUCGCAAAAAUUCGACCUCGACCGCGUCUUCGACUUCGACCACAUCCUCAGGAAUAAAAAUGGCAAUUUGGGGCAAAACGUGAACAAGCUCGUGCAGAAAAAUAAGAAGACCAAGAAGAGCAAGGAGAGCAAGAAGAACAAACACGACUUCUUCUCCUUCUUCUGA